ACUUGCGCCGAUCAAGACUGGAAGGUCUUGGUCGUCGACGGCAACUCAGUGCGGGUUGUCAGCACUGCUUGCAGGCUGUCUGAAAUGACCGAGGAAGGAAUUUCGCUCAUCGAAAAUGUCGAGCUCGACCGGCAACCAAUGCCGAAUAUGCAUGCCAUCUACUUCCUGACGCCUUCGUGGAGCUCCGUGAAAAGAUUGUGCUCUGAUUUCCAAGAAGGAAAACCGCCAAAGUAUGCAGCGGCGCAUGUGUAUUUUACCUCGCAGCCCACGGAUGAGACUUUAUUCCCCAUCAAACAAUGCAAGCUAUUACUGGAUCGUCUCAAGACAUUCAAGGUGCUCAACACGGAAUAUCUUGCGAUGGAGUCGCAGGUCUUCUCUCUCGAUCUGCCUCAGGCCUUCCACGUCAUGUUCGGGAAGGCGAAGCAGGAGGAGAGGUCAAGCAUGCAGAUGAUGAUAGCGAAUCGACUGGCAACCCUGUGCGUCUCGCUAGGGGUUCGGCCUAUCGUGAGGUACCGCGCGACGACCCCCCCACACUCGGAUGUCUCGGAGGUCAUCGCUCGAGCUCUUGAACUCCAGCUGGACCGCCUGGAGAAACAGGCAGAGUCAUCCAACAUCGGCCUCUGGUUCAACUCGGCGACGGAGAAGACGACUGUUGAUGCUGAGACGGAGCUGGAGGAGGGGCUGACUCACAAUGACGCAGCCAUGGCGCAAGACCUCCUGGAGAUACAGGGGGACAAAUACAAGUAUUCCUUCUCGGGGGCUGGUGGGCAGCAGGUGGAGAAGGAGGUGUUGCUCAACGACACGGACCCGCUCUGGCCGCGUAUCAAGCACAUGCACAUCGCUGACACGAUCGAGUUUGUGCUCAACGAGUUCAACAGGUUCGCUUCAGAGAACAAGGCGAGGAGCGAGGCUCCCCUGCUGCUCCUUGUGACGUGUUGGCCACAGGCCGUGGGGAUGGAGCUCGUGGGGAAGUACUCGUUGCACAUGGAUGUAGUCAGGAAGUGCAUGUCGAAGUUCAACGAUCUCAAGCUAGAGGACAUCGCCACGUGGGAACAGAACAUGUCCUGCCAUCAGGACGCGGAGGGGAAGGCUGUCAAGAGGAAUUCGGUCACCACGGGGCUGUCUACCCUGCUGGUGGACAAGACGAUCGAGAUCUCAGACAAGCUGAGGCUUAUCCUCAUCUACUUCCUGACGAUGGAGAGAAAUCCGCAGCAGCAAGACAACCAGGGCGAGACCCUCAUCGAUCAGUUGCUGGGCAUGGCUGAAGCGCAGCAUUAUGCACAUUUGAUCGCCAACCUCGACUCGCUGAUUCAAAUCUCCACACCGGCUUCCAGCAGAUCCUCCAUGUCCGGCCUGCUCCUCUCACUCCUCUCCCUGCUCACUGUAGAGUGCAGGAGGAAGUUUCUCAAGUGGGGCUCCAAGGAGAAGACCGGAGACGUCUCCUACAACAUCUCACGAUAUCGUCCUCCUCUGCAGGAGUUGCUCGAGCUGUUGACGGACAGCAAACUACCGAUACAGUCGUUCCCUACUGUAAACCCCGAGGAUGCAGAUGCUGUAUCGACAGGACAAGAUCGCCCGAAGAACACAAGCUCGGAACUAGACGCUAUCACCUUAGGAAUGUCGACCAGAAGUCGACCGAGGACAUGUAAAGUUUCCAACGCGGGGGAGGAGAAGGAGGAGGAGGGGAAGCAGCAGGCGAUCAGAUCGCCUCUGAUCGUGUUCGUGGUGGGAGGAGUUACCUACUCAGAAAUGCGAGCGGCGUAUCAUGUCUCUCAGGUCGUUGAGCUCGACUUGACCGCAAAGUUCUGCGGGCCGCUGAAGCUGCUGGUAGAGCCUCGGCAGGAUGAUCCUGAUAGGAGGGACCGACAUGCUCACCCCAAAGAAGUUCGUGGAUGCGAUACAGAG